AGUUAAUGUUUUUGUGAAACCAGAAAGUCUCUGUGACUCAAAUAUGUCAACUACUUCGAUCUGGAUGCUUCCUUGCGCUAACAGGUUUCUGUCAUAAUUAACCUAACACUGCUUUCAUCGAUCCAGAAAAUUCGAUCCAUAUAUAUACACAGUUACACACAAACACUACCAAACCAGAUUGAUGAUCAGUAUAUCUUAUUUUGGGUUGUCAAUCAAUUAAAGACCAAGCUAGCUUGCAUAUCAAGCAGCUGGUAUUGUUCUAUCUAGCAGCUAGAUAGCUAUAUGGCAAUGGAAGAACUACAUGCUGCUGCUUUGGCAUACUACGACAAUGGCACGCAACAGCUUCGGGAUCUGGCAGGGUCUUUCUUCCGAUCUAUGGACACCAACGAUGACGGUAAAAUCAGCUGCUCGGAGUUCAACGAAUUCCUCCAGCAAAGUGGCUACAACUGGAUAAUUAACGACCCUAACUUCUUCAAAAGGCUCGAUCGUAACGGCGAUGGUGGAUUGGAUUUUGGGGAAGUUCUCACUUUCUACUACAUCAUUAAAACGAGGUACAUCCGAUGCCAAGGGUACCACUGCGGCGUACACCUCUGCGGUUUGUAUUUCACUUGCGUUGCUUGCUUUGAUGGGGCUCAUGAGCAUCGCUCUACAUUUGAUCUAUGCGCUACCUGCUAUCGCAAUCGGAAUUACUAUCACCACCAGCACCACACUUACUUCUUGGAUAAUCAUGUAUUGCUGCGCUCCAAACGAGGCCUUUCUCCGUAUGCUCAACCAGAUCUCAACAUGGCAAUAACUCCACCUCCGCCUCCAGCAGUUUACAAUAAUAUCAAUUACUACAUUGCUGCUGCACCUGAAAGGCAUAGUUGGUUCCAAGUAUUUCGCGUGUUUGAGAUGGCUCUUGCUGCUGCAAGUGUGGCUGCUAAUUGUACAAUCAUGUAGUGUCACUCAUUACAAAA